CGGCUCCUGCAUGUCGCUUGGCCGCCGCGCGGUGUGUCUCAACAGUGCCGGGAGAAGCUCCAAAGGGAAUCGCUAAAACAGGGACACCUUUUCUGGAGACGUCCUCGGCCGCAGAAUAUGCGUUGGCUCGACUGGACGACGUGAUGAAUAUGGUUCAACGUACAUCUAUCUGGCCACUCACUUUCGGUCUAGCUUGCUGUGCCAUUGAAAUGAUGCACUUUGCUGCUCCUCGUUAUGAUAUGGAUCGUUAUGGAGUGGUUUUUCGUGCCUCACCGAGACAGACUGACCUCAUUUUCGUUGCUGGAACGGUAACGAAUAAGAUGGCGCCAGCAUUGCGAAGAGUUUACGAUCAAAUGCCUGAAGCUAAACGUGUUUUCGUAAACCCAAUUAAUGUAUUCAACGGUUAUGCCCAUUCUUCAUCGUGA